AUGAAGGCCUUAAUCACCAGAGAAUUCCAGACCUCAAGGUUCAACAAACUCAAAGCUCGAACAAAGGAGAAACAGUGGGCAGUGGCACUCUCCGACAUACCCGACUGGCCAAGAAUCGAAGCCGUUGCUGAGUUCAGACUACGUGCCGGACACGAUUGCUUGGCAAAACAUCUUCACAUAUUGGGAGUAUACACUCAACCCACAUGCCCUCUAUGUAACCUACAGGAGGAAAUGGAGAAGACCCACCUGAUUCGGUGUCCAGCCCUAAAGACAAGGACGGAAAGCCAAAGAUACUGGGAAGCAAGAAGACAGCUAAUGAAUCGCUAUUGA